GACAAGGCUGGGGGGGGGCGGUCGGGCUCUUGAGGCUGCAAGGAGGUCGUUGUCCGUUCCGUCGUCACUCAGAGCCACGUGUCCGUGUCUGCCGUAGGUGCCACAAACACGUGGUGGUGGUGGGUGGUGGUGGUGGUGGUGGGUGGUGGGUGGUGGUGGCAGCACCAGCACGCGGUAGACUACAUCGCCCAACUUGUCGACAAUUAUCUCGGCGACGAAAGACAGACAGAGGGUGGUGGGUUGAGGGGGGAGUAACGAGCAACAAGCAGAACUCGAUAUUGAAAUUGUUCUAAAACAGAAUGUUAUUUUUGGUUAAAUUCGUGGUGUUCGUGCGGUAGUUGUAUUGAGCGAAACUUUUUUGUUGUUGUUGGAGGGAACGAGAAGGAAUGAAGCAAAGGCGCCAAUGGAUGUAGCUCACAGCAGAUGUCCACGUCUAUCACCUGGGUGCGACCAUGUGUCCCAACGAUACCUCGAGCCUACAACCAUGCUACUGGUAAUUGCCAUCAUCUGCGGGGCUAUUGCCCAGGCGGCCUCCUCCAUCGAGCAGCAACAGCGGCAGCGGCACCACCGCGGCCCAAGCCGGAGUCUAACCGGCACCGCCAGCCUCAACGUCGGCGUCCCGCGGGUCGAGGAGAAGGAGGAGGAGCGGGACAGGUUUGCGAGAGACGGCGGCCGUGCGUACGAGCUGCUGCCCGUCUACGAGCACCUGGGCGGAGCGCCACGGCGUAGGAAGCUUUUCUGUGCCACCAGGUUCCACGUGCAGAUCCACCCGAGCGGAGAUGUGGACGGCACCCUGGACAGGAACAGCGUGUUGAGUAUACUGGAGAUCACAUCGGUGGACGUGGGAGUUGUGGCCAUCAAGGGGCUACUCUCUGGGCGCUUUCUCGCCAUGAACAGCAAGGGACGGCUCUACGCUUCGGCGUCGUUCGGCCCGGAGUGCGAGUUCACGGAGCGCAUCAACGCCCUGGGAUACAACACGUACGCGUCGCGCGCCUUCGGUGGCAACGGCGACGAGGGCAUCGGCGCCGGCGGACAGACCGGCGCACGGCGGCCCUGGUACGUGACCAUCAACGGCAAGGGCCGGCCGCGGCGGGGAUUCAAGACGCACGCCGUGCAGGUGGCCGCCCUCUUCCUCCCGCGCCUCCUCGACGCCACCGACCGUGAGCUGCUGCGCCUGCUGCUGCUGCUGGCGGCCGGGCACGGCACCGGGCGGCUGCCGGAGCUGGGCUAAGCGAGACAAAGUGGCGCCGAGCCGAGAGGGCCCUCUGGCGUUUGCGGCUGUCCCAAAGGUCCCCGCGGGCCCCUUUUUCCUUUUCUUCCUGCCUUCAACUUUGGACUCUCUUUUUUUUUUGAUAGCUCGCUCUCGAAUCGUGCUGCCGCUUGGCGAGAUUUUUCACGAGGUGAAGACGCCUGUUGUGGGAAUCCCUACGGCGAGCGGUCGAACGUCGCCCCAACGACGGAGAGGAUGGUGACCCGAGAGUGACUUGCCAAGUGGCUGCAAGCGGCCUCUCACCCGGCCUACGGCGCGACAGCUCCUUGGGCCUCGAGACUUACGCAGAUCUUGUCCUUGCAGCGUUGGGCACGGGACGGCAUUAGCCGGCGACGACAGCCAGGGUCACAGCACGAGAAUCCACAAUGAACCGGUAGCACCGACAUAAGUCAACGCAGAUGCCACUAACCAUAUCCCCAAUAUUAUAUCCGACUGUAGCACCUACCGCCCACCAACUUACCCAGAAUUUGGGCCAACCUCACCAGUUCUCAGACGCUAAGCAGGAGGGUUGGGUUUCGACAGCGUUUGAAUGGACAGCGACCCCGCAGGACACACGUGGUCCAGGCUGCUGCAAGGUGGGCAACGAGGGGGGCGGGGGUGCAAUGCAGCAAACCCCAUUGUUGUGCUGUACUAUGCUCCUACGUCUAUGCUGGCCCGCCUUCAGCCACCCGCACUGACACAGGGUUUGGUAACGUAUGGUCAACCAAUAAAUAAGGUCACCACACACGCGCCCUUGCAUCAACAGGUCACCAUCACCGCGCCCGGUGAUCGCGCCCCUGGCUCUGGGCGGAGAGUCGUCAAAUGAGCGUGGGGUCGGGGAAGUCGGUGACAUUCGUGGCCAUUUGAUGACAUCGAUCGAUCGAUCGAUCAAUCGGAUUUUAAUCGGAUUUCUUGCUGCGUUUUGCAGCCCGGGCCGCUGUUUCUGCCGCGGUUCAAGAGAACACCGUUCCAGGCUCAAGCGUUGCCGCUCGUUCUCUCCCGGCUCUUGGCUGCGGACUUCGUGACGGCGUUUGGCCAGGAGUCCAGCGUUGCUGCGUGGAGAACAGUGGCACGAAGUGUUACACGGGGGAGUGAUCUAAUCCACUCUGUGAACAAGACACGGAAGAGAAGGAGGCCCUCAGUGAGAAAAGAUCAACUACUGCAUCAUUAAAAGUAAUAAUAAUAAUAAUAUAUAAAUACUGCAAAGACUUUCAUGGUGCUGACCAGUUACACGAUACAAGUUUACGAGCCAAUGACUGCAUUUUUUUCCAGGCACAAACACACACCCCGCGAAUUCAUCACGAGACUCACUUUAUAUUCUUGGUUCUUUCGGUAAAGAAUAUGAAUCACUGCAGUCGCGAAAGCUUUAAAUCAAAAUUUGAGACUCACUUUGUUCGUACAAAGUGGCCCCGGAAUUGCAAAUGCCGCACGCGUGGCCAAAUUGACACCCUUCCCAUGGGAAUGUGGAACUUCCACCACUGCACCAGUGCCGCCAAUGCGGGCGAGAACUGCACCCACCCACGCUCGUCUGUGUGGGAAGACUCGUCGGGCACCAGACCCUGCGAGCGACGAUUUGCUUCGCCGUCACGCCGGCCCGACGAUGAACCUUCAGUGGCUGCCGUGCGCGCAUUUCACAAGGGUCCACCCUGGGACACCUGAUGGAAGUGGCUUAAGCCACCUCGGCCACAACGCGAUGUGCCCGCGCACGCUCGCUCUGCGCAAGUAUUCACUCGUCGGGAAUUUGUGGACUGGUGGCGUGUUGUAGGGAGGGUGACAUCACUUUUGAGAUAGAGCCAAGAGCUUGACAUUGAACAGUGGGGGGGUCAGUGUCCAGGCAUGAGUCACAUUUGGGAUGAGGCCUCUGCUUGUUAACGCUGUUAUUUAUUACGUAGCCAACUGAGGGUCAGAGAGCUGGGACUCUAAAAGGGAGCGACAAGACAAGAAGCUCCUAGGCCUUUUGAGUAUAGGUGCGCACAGAUGAUGCCAGGAGUUUCAACACAUCAAAGGGUAAGCAACUUGGAAGUUGAGAAUAUAAUUGGGUAGGCAAGCAUUGUGGGCUUAUUCAAGGAAGAGAACGCUGCGAUGGGGUAGAAUGCGCUUGCAUGUUGGUGGGGGGGCAGGUUACCAAGACAAACACUGGAGUCGCACUCAGUGCUCUGAGACUAAGGGGAGUGGUGAUGAGGCGUUAAGAGCAACGGGUGUGUGAUCCGCACCUCCGAUUAACACGGUUGACUACGUACGGCGCGAAAUAAGUUCAACAUACAGUACGUGCAUCUGGCAGAAGGAAGGAAGCGACGGCGAGGUGCGGCGACGACGGUAUCAGCCACGAUAACCUCCUGAACUCGUCGGAGAUAAGUUACGUUUUGAAUGUACCGGCGAUGCUUUCAUAUGACGGGGGCAAUGAAACAGAAUGUACUGCACACCUCCGCUUGACGAAGACCUCCACAUGAUGUGCAGAGGUUGUUUGACCAUACUUCACCGCACUCGUCAGUACGGGGAAGGUGAAGGGGUCGCGGAACCCGGCCAAGAACCGGUUGGGAUAUCACUCGCCCACUGACGAUAGCCGUGGCAUGGAAUGAAACUCAGUUUGCUGGGGUUCAUAGCACAGUGCGUGAACACAACGUCACACGGUGCCGUACUUGUGACAAUGAAGUCGGAACCAAGGUGGGCAGCAGGUGAUUGCUUUGGAUGUUGGAAGUCAUUGGUGGUGAUUUUCCAGUCGGGCAGGCUUUUCCCCGCCGAAGGAAUGUGGAAUUUCCACCGCUGACUCAGGUCCACCAAUGGAGACGAGCACAGCCCAAUGCUCGUUGGCUCACGUCGAUGCUUCGCUAAUUGAUCAUUUUUGAUUGCUAACAUUCAUUUGUACGCGUGCAUUGAUUUCAUUUAUUAAAAUCAGCUCUAAAUGCUCGCGAUCCAGUCCAAAGUCGAUUAUUUAUGAUUUUUGAAGAUGGCACGCAAAAAAUAAACGAUGGCACAUUUGUGGCCAAUGGAGGGGACAGAACUGCGCAGACAGGAAAAUAGAAAUGAGGCAGUAAAAAUGAGACGAAAAAAACUAAUUCUUGAAUCGAAUAUCUACCCUAAAUCGUGACGAAUCAUCCGAUCACAGUGGGAAGGAGUAACUUGUUCCAUGCCCAAUAAAUACUAAAGUACCCAUUCAAACGUACAUUUAAAACAAACCCACGCAUUAACAUAAAUUGAUAUUGCUCUAAUUUGUGUCCUUUACGCAAAUGUGAGGCCAAUAAAAAAAAAUUGUUCGAGAACAAAAAAAAUAUUUCGUCAAACUCCUGCACAUGUUAACAACAAUAAUAACAAAACACUCGAUUUUCUAGCUCGCGCAUAUUUCGCGAACCGGACGCAUUUUUCCUUCGAGAGCGGUGGUGACAUUAACAAGCGCCACUAACGAGUGUCCUUAGCGUCCAUCCCCGAGCGCAUUGAGGUCAGAAGCAACAACUUGCUUAGCCAAUUGAGUCACCAGAAUCAUCGCCGUUUGAUAAUCACAUUGACAAACCAUUUCCUCUGCCGCCGUGAAAUGUUUUGCUGUUGACAAGCUUACACUCCAUUGGCUACCGCUGCCUAAUUAGGCUUGGUGUAAUAAUGGCCAGUUUUGCUCAUACUGUAUUUAUUUUACAAAAAUGUGCUCACUCUGGCUCCUCUUUACUGUAUAUUCGAACGGCGGGCGGUGUGCUUUUAGAUGCGCGUUGUCCGUCAUUAAACUGUUUACGUUUGUCAUUAUGGUCGCAUUGUUAUUUCAAAAAAAAAGGAUGGUUCUUACGUUUUGUAACCCGA